GCAACUUAUGAUCCAUACAUCGAGAGUAUCAUCAGCUCUGAUGAUGAAGAAACACCAACUUUAGAUGUGGCUGCUCGAACGAGCACGUCACAUACUUUAGUUAUUUCAGAAAAACCAGUUGAAGGGGAGGAAUCGUCGCCUCCUCAACAAAAUGUUAAUACAUCUACUCCUCCUUCGAGCCCCCGUGCCCCUUCACCAAAAAGGGCACGGGUUGAAAAGAUUGUUGAUCCUGCCCCUCAGUUGGGCAGUUCGUCGACUCUGCUCUUAGAUGAUCCAAUGAUCAAAGAGCUUCUUCGGAUCGGGUCCCAAUUUGUUGGGUACCGUGAAUAUGCCGCCAGAGCCGAAGAAAAACUUUCAGAGGCUAACGAACGCGCCGACGCACUGGCUCAAAAACUUGAGCAAAGUGAGGCGGCUCGCAAGAAAGCCGAACUCGCUGCUAGCAAAGCCAAGGUCGAAGCUGAUGAAGCUAAGGCGAAAGCUGCUGGUGUCGAGGAACUGCAGAAGAAACUUGAGAAUGCGACAGCUGCCUUGGAUGAGCACAAAGCUGCACAAGCUUCUCGUGACGAAGGAAUCCUCAAGCGUUUGAAGUCGCAAAGUCGACGUACUCUGAGUAAUAUUAUCAAUCCCUUUUAUUUUACUGCACUUCCUGUUUCUUGGUUGUUGACUGAUGUCUUGUCUCGUGUGGCAGCCCAAACAAACCAGGAUUUUGAUCUGGAUAAUCCUGUCAAUGACCCUCUCCUUGAUGCACUUUCUCUUCUGGAGUUCCAUGGGCGCGAAAUUCGUGAAGGCGUGGCCAAUGCCAGUGCAAGUUUGUCGGCGUUGUUCCCCUACUUCUUCCCAAAGAAAGAGGAACCUUCGACUUUCCUUGCCCUUGCCAAGCUUUUCAAUUCGUCGGAAGACCUGGGAUUGAAGAUAUCACAUGUCCAUACAAUGUAUGACACCGAGCCAGAUUCUAUGGUGAAAGACUGUUUUGCAGUGUGGUAG